CGCUGCACAGAAACCCAGACAACUCCUGGAACACCUCCUCGACGCUGAGCCUCCUCAAGUACGGCGCCGGCAAGAAGUACAACAUCUCCUGGGAGCUCGGCAACGAGCCCAACGCCUACCGCAGCAUGGUGGGCCGAGCGGUCAACAGCACCCAGUUGGCGCAGGACUACGUCAAGCUGCGGACCCUGCUGCAGUCCGUGCGCUACUACCACCGAGCCCACCUCUACGGCCCCAACGCAGGACGACCGCGCAAGAACGCCGUCCUGCUGCUGGACGGGUUCAUGAAGAACGCUGGUUCUGCUGUAGAUGCUGUUACGUGGCAACAUUAUUACAUGGAUGGCAGAGUGAACAAAGUGGAGGACUUCCUAAAAACGCGUCUGUUGGACACGCUGACAGAGCAGAUCACUAAAGUCACCGAGGUGGUGAACACACACACUCCCGGUAAGAAGGUGUGGCUGGGCGGACUGGGCCCGGCGUGGGCCGCAGGCUUCAGUAAUCUCUCUGACACAUACGCCGCUGGCUUUCUCUGGGUGAACGCGCUGGGCCUGUCCGCCGUGCAGGGCGUGGACGUUGUCUUGCGUCACUCAUUCUUUGACUACGGCUACACGCACCUUGUGGACCAGAACUUUAACCCUUUACCGGAUUACUGGUUCUCUCUGGUCUUCAAGCGCCUGGUCGGUCCGAGGGUUCUGGCCGUGCGCGUGGCCGGACUGCAGAGGAAGCCGCAGCCGGGACGAGUCAUACGCGACAAGCUACGCAUCUACGCCCACUGCACCAGCUACUACAAUCACAACUACGUGAGAGGGUCCAUAACAAUCUACAUCAUCAACCUGCAUCGCUCGCGAAAGAAAAUCAAGUUGGCGGGAACGUUACGGAACAAUACCGUCCAUCAGUACCUGCUGCAACCCUACGGCCCCGAUGGCCUCAGAGCCAAAUACGUCCAGCUGAACGGCGAGAAGCUGCUCAUGGUGGACAACGAGACGUUCCCAGAGUUCAAGCCGAAGACGUUGCGGGCUGGACGGACGAUAGCCAUGCCUCCCAUGACCAUAGGCUUUUAUGUCAUCAAAAACAUUAACGCGUACGCCUGCCGAAGAUAGCGCUGACCCUCCAACCGUCCGGCAGUUUUUCCCACAGCUUAAAAACUGUUUGGCUCUUCAUGUUUUUUUUCCACCUCUGUGGGAAAACAAAGGUACCCAUAAAAAAAAGGGCUGCACUGAACACUUUUUCAAUAUUUUUCCCAGAAACUCCUCAUAUGCUACAGGACUUGAAUGGACACUGAUUGUUUUGUGGCUUUGUAUGGAGCUAUGCAAUGCCAUAAAUAUCCACAUUCUUUAAUGUGAUCACGCUCUUGGAUUGCAAAAUCUCUAACCCUGUCUGACAAAAGUUUAAUUUCCUUUUUAUCUUCACUGACCGACUGAGAGAAAACUCAUUAUAGCUUACGCACGUCAACUCCAGUUUGACGUGAUCAUUUUCAGCAAAGAGAGAAAGAUGCCACAAAUGGUGUGUGUGGGUAAUGGCUGGACAAGCUAACGGCUUUGUAUGUGUAAGCGUCUGUGUGUAUCAAUGUGUUCUAUUGAUAAAGCUACUGAUGUUUUCUUUCCAGUCUGUUAUACAUAUAUAUAUACAUCUUCUCUUUCCAUAUCGAGUGGUUUAAACGGAGAAUCUGUUUCUUUUGAAGGCUUGUUUGCUGUAAUGUGUGUAUCAUUGCAUUGCUGCUGCAGGUUUAUAGUGUUGCGUUGCAGUGAUGCGUAGCUGAACAACAGUGUGAAUCCAUCCACAACAUCUGGCCUCGCAGGCUGCCUGCAUCCUGCUUUCAAAAAUUUUAAAAUACCAGUUUUUGGGGUGUAUUUUUAUCUUCAGUGUGAUCUCACGUUUUAUAAUCCUCUUAUGCUGCUAGGGUGUUUUGUACCAAAUAUACUUUAUAUAUUUUACAUAAUUUUGUACAGAUUUACUGUCAUAUGGUAUUAGAUCAUGUAUUGUACAUACAGAGAGUGUUGGAAAUAAGUGAUUUGUUUACUUACACGAAGUACACAUCUAAUUUAUACUUUGCUUUGUCUUUAUAUUUCUAUUAUUAAACUACCACCUAAAGGAAAGUACCCUUUAGAUGGUUUAACAUCUUACACAAAGAUUGGCCUCCUUUCAUCAAAACCAAAGAGUGAGUAAAGAUGUCGUUAUGUUGUCUGUAUUGAUUGAAUUAGAGCAAUGAGAACAUAAUAAGGAUAACGUUUCUCCUUCAUGGGGGAUAAGACAAGAUAAACGGCAGCAGGUUCCGUACCCAAACAUGGUAAAUUUAAAGAAUAUUUGUUCAUAGUUGAUGUAGAGAUGUUCAUAUUUCUUUUGCAGAGCAUUAUUUUACUAUGUAAAGUGUUCCUAUGUAUUGUUUUUUAUUUUAAAAAAAGUUUACAUUGAUAAUAAACACCUC